CUUGAAGACCACCAGAUGUCUAUCCGCCAAUGAUGGCCGGUCUUCCACCUUCGCAUCUCCACCUGUCGGUAUCCCGAACCGACAAUCCGGCUUGUGGCUUGGAAAUCUAUUGAAUCUUACUGGACGUGAUCGUGGCCCCCAUGGGGAGCCCUCUUCAGCUGGGGACCCCACAGACAUCCUUUGUGGUAUCUGCAUUGAGACACUGCUAAGUGCGACCUGACCGUGCUUUAAUAUGCAGGGCUUGGUCCAUGUUCCGACGACUUCAGUAUCCUAUCCUCUCUUUGGGCCUCCUCUCUCUUAUCCUCGCAGCUUGACACCUUUCCCAACCAAACACUAUCUCUGUCUGUACCCAUCAUGACAUCUGCCGUGGACCACGCGAAAGCGGCAAUGAUAGCGGAGCAUAUGGAGCUGCCCGAGAAGGGUAUUCUCCCAGAACAACAACAGCAUUCGAAUGGAGACCUUCAACUCAUCAACACGAUUGGUGAGAUUCGAAGGAUCCCGAUCCCCUCCAGCGACCCUAACGACCCUCUCAACUAUUCCAAAUGGAGAAAGUUGGGCAUCUUGGUGUGCUGCUGCUGGUUUUCUAUCUUCUCGCUCGUCCUUGUUGGUGGUCUCGGCCCCAUCCUAGGAGUGUUCAUUGGUCUUUACGCACCGACUGGAAGAACAGUUCAGGAGGUAGUCAAUCUAACUACAUAUCCCAGUCUGGUGAUGGCAUUCGGCAGUUUCCUUAUCCUACCGCUGUCCAUGAUGUUUGGUAGACGACCUAUCUUCUUGGGAUGCUGCGUACUUCUGCUUGGCUCCACCCUUGGUGCUGGCGCAAGCAACUCCUACAACACACACAUGGCUUGCCGUAUUCUCCAAGGUGUCGCCGCAGGAGCUACCGAGUCUGUCUUGCCUCUGAUCAUCACCGAUAUGUCUUUCGUCGACGAGCGUGGUCUUUGGUUCGGUGUCUACUGGGGUUCUCAAAAUCUAAUCAAUACCAUAUUCGGCAUUAGUGCUUCAUAUCUCGUGGCUGCCACCUCAUGGAGAUACUUCUAUUGGGUCUUGGCCAUCUUUGCGGCCGGUGGUUUGGUCACUGGCUUCUUCCUGCUCGCGGAGACCAGGUAUACUCGAUCUCCCGCGUCUAUGGACGGGCAGGUCGUCUUCACCGAUGAGUGGGGGGUAAUACACUUCCUGACCGACGCUGAAGCUAGGGCACGCCUUGGUGAUGUGCAUCAGCCUGAUGACCAGGAGUACCGCGAGAAGACCUACCUUCAACAUCUCAACCCGGUUAGUGGCACAGCCCCUAAUGCCCUCAAGCUGGAUCUUGGUGCGAACGUCAAGAUGCUACAAGCAUGCAGUUCGCCCGGUGUCAUCUACGCUAUCUUAGCUUCUUCCAUCGCUCUCGGCGUCGGCAUCGCGAUGUCACUUGUUUACGCUUCAAUUCUUACCAUCUCCUUCCACUGGUCUGAGAAGUCGAUUGGUCUUGUCAACGUCGGCAUUUUCCCGGCCUCGCUCGCUGCCAUGUUCUAUGCUGGUUACUGCGGCGACAAGAUGAACAUCUGGCUAGCUAAGCGCCGCAAUGGUGUUCACCUCCCAGAGGACACCCUGGUCCAGCUCAUCCUGCCUUUUUUCGUCGGCGCAAUUGGCAUAAUCAUUUUCGCUGUAACAGCUAAUGCCCCUGAGAGUCACUCGUCUUGGGGAAUUAUCAUGGGCUGGACUCUCUACGAAUUCGCGUUCAUCGUUGUUCUGAUUACCACCACCCAUUUCGGCUCCGAAGCAUUCCCCAAGAACCCCGGACCAGCUUUGGUCGUUGUCAUUGGUGUCAAGAACAUAGUUUCUUUCGGCGCUUCCUUUGGAAUUGUUCCUAUGGUUCACGCAUUCAACUAUUUGACUGCAUUUAUGAUCUUGUUCGGCAUCUAUGUCGGCAUUUUCUUGCUUGGUAUCCCCGUCUACUUCUUCAACCCCAAGUGGAGAGCGUACAUGGCUAGAGAGAAGUAGACAGCGGUUCUCAGGUUGUGUAUAUAUCAACAGAUUGAACUAUGUAAAUAUGAGUUUCUAACUUCAAG